GAGAGAGAGAGAGAGAGAGAGGAUAGUUUUUCUUUGUAUGUCUUUCUGUGAAGUUCUUGGAUCCUUGUAGUAGGUGAGAGAAUUGUAUGAGAAUUGGAGGAGAUUGUUGUUGGGAUCAGGGGUUAAUAAGAGUUGAAUUGAAGGAGUCUGGUUUGGUAUUGCAGUUUUUGACGAGCAUGUUGCAGAGUCGCUUGUCUUUUUUGUAUGAGAGGGACAAAAUGAGGGAGAUUCAAUUGGGUGCUCAUACGGUUAAAUCCCAUGGAGUUGCUGUAGCCAGGGUGCAUAUGCAUGACUGGCUGAUACUGUUGCUUCUUGUGGUGAUAGAAGUUAUUUUGAAUGUGAUACAUCCAUUUUACCGGUUCGUGGGGAAGGAUAUGAUGACAGAUUUGAAGUACCCAAUGAAAAGCAACACUGUUCCAGUUUGGGCUGUUCCGAUGUACGCAAUGUUGCUGCCCAUAGUCAUUUUCCUGAUAUACUACUAUUACAGGAGGGAUGUAUAUGAUUUGCACCAUGCCAUACUUGGGCUCUUUUUUUCUGUACUAAUAACGGGGGUAAUAACUGAUGCAAUCAAGAAUGCAGUUGGUCGACCAAGGCCAGACUUCUUUUGGCGUUGUUUCCCUGAUGGAAAGGAGGCCUAUGAUCUAGUCACAGGAAAUGUUAUUUGUCAUGGAGAACGUGGUGUCAUUAGGGAAGGGCAUAAGAGUUUUCCUAGUGGACAUACUUCAUGGAGUUUCGCAGGCUUAGGUUUUCUGUCUUUGUACUUAUCUGGAAAGAUUAAAGUAUUUGAUCGUAGGGGCCAUGUUGCAAAGCUUUGCAUUGUCUUUCUUCCACUAUUAGCUGCAUGCCUUGUUGGAAUCUCUCGAGUGGAUGAUUAUUGGCAUCAUUGGCAAGAUGUAUUUGCUGGGGGUUUCAUAGGUCUCACAGUGGCUACAUUUUGUUAUCUUCAAUUUUUCCCACCUCCAUAUCAUACUGAUGGAUGGGGGCCAUAUGCGUACUUUCAGAGCGUGGUUGAUUCACGCAUCAAUGCUCAAGAAACGACAAAUUCAAAUGCGCAUAACAUGCGUCCUCUGGAGGUUGAGACUGGGUAUCAAGAACCUGAAGAUACAGCAUCAAUAUCAUUUGGUACACAUGAUAGCAGGCCAAUAUUAAAUGAUGUGGAAACUGGUAGAAGAUGAUAGCAGGCUAAUAUUAAAUGAUGUGGAAGCUGGUAGAAGAUGACACUACACCCACACUUAGAAUGGGACAGUUUGUGAAUAUUGUUUCCUUUAUGUUUGCUUGUUACUCUUUGAUGACUUUGGCUUGGGUAGAUGCGCUGAAGUUUUCCUUUAGGUUAAUGAUUAGUCAAAUAUAGGUGUUUUGAAGUGAGCCGGUGGGCAUUAGAUAGUCACCACAGCGUUCAUCGUGGAUUUGGUUCAGAGGAACCAUGCAUCUGUGUUCAUAGAAAAGCUGUGGUUGCAAGUGUUAUCACUGUCCAAUGGAUUGAUCGAUGGUGAUGGAGAAUGGGACACGGGGCAUGGCAUAAGCCUUAGUGGUAGGCUUCAGCUGUUGCCAUCAAUGUAUAAUUGUUGGCCCGUAUAAACACUUGUAACCAACCACUUUUGUAUAAUCAUGUUGAUCAUAUGUACGCUUUUGAGAUUGAUGUCUUUGUCAGGUAAGAAAAUUGUUUUUGAUCAAA